CUAAAAAAUGAAAGUGGUCCCACGUUAUUGUGUUCACUUUAUUUCCCUUUUUUUUGCUACAAAAAGACGCCAAAAGCCUAAUAUAGUUUGCUUCAACUCACGACGUACUCUCCGUAACAACAAUUUCAGUACCACAGAAAAUGGGCCACCCCGUAAUCGGAAAGGAGCCCGGAGAAUCUUCCCGCCGGCAAAUCCUCCAUGACGAUGACGUCACGUCUAAACCACGCAGGUCAACCGCCAAGCUCAUCCUCGUAUUGGCCGCCGUCCUCAUUACCGCCUCCGCCGUCUCCGUGGGUGUUUUGGUCGGUACACGUGGCAAGUCCGCCUCCAGGAACAGAGUAACCUCCAAGCCUAGCCGAGCCAUGUCCCGAACCUGCAGCAAGACUCUGUACCCGAGCCUCUGCCUCCGCUCGUUCCUCGACUUCCCCGGCUCCACCGCCGCGUCGGAGGCGGAAUUGGUCCACAUUUCCGUGAACGUGUCCCUCCGGCAGGCCGCGGCGGCGGUCAACGCGAUCAACGACGUCAACAAUCUUGAGAUGGACACUCUGGUCCGGUCCGCUUACGCGGAUUGUCUCGAGCUGCUCGACGACUCGGUUGACCUCCUUGACCGCUCCCUGAACGCCCUCCGGUCGGGAGGAAGCUCCCCGGACGAUGUCGCCACGUGGCUGAGCGCCGCUCUCACCAAUCACGACACGUGUUCGGAGGGAUUCUCGGGCGUCAGUAACGGGACGGUGAAGGACAGCGUGGCGGAAAGGAUGAAGGACAUGACGGAGCUGGUGAGCAACUCACUGGCGAUCUUCGCCUCCACGGACGGCGGCGGUGAGUUCGCCGGCGUGCCAAUAGGGAAUCGCCGCCGGCGCAAACUCCUGGAACAGGGGGAGUUCCCGGAAUGGUUGUCGGAGAGUGAUCGGAAAUUGCUAAGCAUGCCGGUUUCCCCUAUUCGAGCAGAUAUAAUUGUGGCUAAGGACGGAAGCGGGACGGUGAAGACGAUCGGCGAGGCGAUAAAGAAGGUGCCGGAGCACAGCACUCGCCGGACCAUUAUUUACAUUAAGGAAGGAGUGUACGAAGAGCACAAUACUCUGAAAAUUGGGAAGAAGAAAACAAACGUGAUGUUAGUUGGAGAUGGGAAGGGCAAGACGGUCAUUUCCGGCAGCAAAAGUGUUGCUCAACAGCUCACCACCUUCCACACCGCGUCUUUUGCUGCAACUGGACGUGGAUUCAUAGCUAAAGACAUCACAUUCCAAAACACGGCGGGUCCGGUGAAGCAUCAAGCGGUGGCCCUCCGAAUUGGAGCUGACCACGCCGUAGUUUAUCGUUGCCAAAUCAUUGGAUACCAGGACACCCUCUACGUCCACUCCCAGCGCCAGUUCUACCGGGAAUGCGACAUAUACGGAACCGUCGAUUUCAUCUUUGGCAACGCCGCGGUUGUCAUCCAGAAAUGCCACAUUUACGCCAGAAAGCCCUUGCCCGGCCAGAAGAACACCAUCACGGCCCAAAACCGAAAAGACCCGAACCAGAUCACCGGGAUAUCCAUCCACGCCAGUAAUAUUCUGGCAACCCCGGACCUGGAGGCGUCCAAGGGCACCUUCCCUACGUUUUUAGGGCGACCCUGGAAGAUGUACUCGAGGACGGUGUACAUGUUGUGCUACAUCGGGGACCAUGUCGACCCUAGGGGAUGGCUUGAAUGGAGUGGGGACUUUGCACUCUCCACAUUGUACUAUGGAGAGUACAUGAACAAUGGACCGGGUGCCGGUUUAGCCCAGCGUGUGACUUGGCCAGGUUAUCGAGUCAUCAAGCUGGAGACUGAAGCAAGUAGGUUCACUGUUUCUCACCUAAUCUCGGGCUCGUCUUGGUUGCCGUCUACAGGAGUGGCUUUCUUGUCUGGACUUAAUACAUGACGACCAUAUAUAUUUAUAUAUUCUCUGCGCAUACAUACAUAAUUAAUAU